CUUUUAGUGCAACGGAGUGCACAAAAUAUACAAAAUAUCCAGAGCGGGUCGGGGCUGCUGCCGGUCGGCUCCGGGGAUACCUGUCGCGGGGACCCGACCCGGUCACGAGAUUUGAAGAAUCCGGAUAGCAUCGUACAUAGGAUUCAAGUCACCUUUGACUCACACGACUUGCUCGAACACGAUGGCUUUUUGGAAGCCAGGGACUGUCGCACCAGGUAGCUCUCUCGAUCGAGCAGCUGAUCGAGCUCCAGCGCUGGUUCUGACUGCCGCCCCGGGUCUGAAGCUUCCAAUCCUCGCCCACCGUCGUGCAUUACUCUAUGCGAUCGAGAAAUUCGACUUCACCAUUCUGAUCGGCCAAACCGGCUCGGGGAAAUCCACACAAUUACCUCAAUUUCUGCACGAAGCUGGCUGGACUGCUGACGGGCGUCAGGUGGCGAUAUGCGAGCCUCGGAGGAUUGCCGCAACUAGUUUGGCCAGUCGGGUGGCCACAGAAGCGGGCUGGGUACUUGGGGAAGAGGUUGGCUAUGCCAUACGGUUCGAGGAGCUCACCAGUAAACGGACAAGGAUCAAAUAACAUGUAGACCUCACUGAUGGUAUGCUAUUCAGGGAGCUACUGCUGGACCCCUUAUUAAGUCGUUAUAGCGUCGUGGUGGUCGAUGAAGCCCAUGAGCGCUCUUGUUAUACUGAUUUACUGCUAGGUGUAUUGAAAAAAAUACAAGCGAUUAGGAAAGAUUUGCGAGUUGUGGUCUGCUCUGCCACCCUCGACGCUGAACAUUUACGUGAUUACUUCAAUGAUCAAACGGCUCUACAAGCAGGGGGAGAUAAUGCAACCAUCAUCAGCAUUGAGGGUAGGAUGUACCCAGUAGAAAUUGCCUAUCUCGAGCAACCGACGGAAAAUUAUAUCACUGCAACUGUGGUCACAGUCAUGGAAAUUCACUUAACUCAACCGCGCGGCGAUAUUCUCGUCUUUCUGACCGGCAAAGAGGAAAUCGAUGAAGUGUGCUCGCAACUUCUCGAAAAAUCUCAAGAGCUACGAUCAGGCUCGCUGGAAAUGUCGAUCAUUCCUUUUCAUGCCGCUUUGCCGCCCGAAGAGCAACUCUGGGCCUUCCAACCUGCUCGUAAUCGGGACGCCCGAAAAGUGAUUGUAGCGACCAACGUGGCUGAAGCUAGUGUGACCAUCGAAGGGAUCAAGUAUGUGGUGGAUUCUGGCCUCGUCAAACUUCGAAAGUUCGACGUCAAUCAAGGGAUUGAUGUGCUCACGGUAUCUCCAGUCUCCAAGGCAUCAGCUAUCCAACGGACUGGUCGAGCAGGACGUACAUCACCGGGGAAAUGUUUUAGACUAUACACCGAGGAAGACUACAACUCUCUUGCUCAGCAAACAGAACCCGAAAUCUGUCGGACCGAGCUUACUACGGUGAUCUUGCAGCUCAAGGCACUGGGAAUCGAUAAUGUGGUCAAGGGCUUCGAAUUCCUCGACCCGCCCUCUAGUCUACUCGUCGAACGAGCCUUGGAGUUUCUCUUUGCCUUAGGCGCCCUCGAUGAAUCGGGUCGCUUGACCAAUGACUUGGGGCUUAAAAUGGCUGAGAUGCCAGUGGAACCUAUGAUGGCUAAAACUCUUUUGGAAUCAGAAAAAUUCGGCUGUUCUGAAGAAAUCGUCACAAUUGCAGCAAUGACAUCUGUCCAGAACGUUUUUGUUGGAGGAAACUCGGAAGAAGUCAAUCAAAUUUUGCAUCACCCAUUCAUAGCGACAGAGGGAGACCACUUCACAUACUUAAAUGUGUUCAACAGCUUCAUCAAGGAAGGGAGGUCGAGUGCAAAAUGGUGUGCCAAGCAUCGCUUGAACUUCAAAGCUCUGAGUCGGGCGAUCAAUAUCCGAGGCCAAUUGGUGAAAUAUCUCAAGAAGUUCGGGAUCGGCUUGGUCAGCUGCGGCCAUGAUGAGCAAAAAGUGAGAAAGUGUCUUGUCAGCGGGUACUUUAAGAACGUCGCAUCGAUGAGAGAUGAUGGGAGUUACCGGAGUUGUCGGGAUGGCAAUAUCAUGUUUGUACACCCCUCUUCGGUUAUGUUCCAUCGCAAACCGGAGACGGGGUUUGUGAUCUUUCAUGAGAUUACAGAGACGAAGAAAAAGCUGAUGCGGGACUUGACAGUGAUCGAAAGUGAUUGGCUAACAGAAUUGGCCGGACACUAUUAUCAAGUCAAACAAAAGAAGACCGAAUGACGAAACCCUCGCAGCAAAAAAAAGGCUCUUCAUACCCCUAUAUAGAUCUUUGUUGAAAGAUUGUAAACUUAUUCCUAUCAUUCCAGCUUCAACCUUGUAAUGAUGAAAUUUUUUAGGAACCAGAAGUUUGAUAUUCCACCAUGUUUACUUUGAAGAAAGUCCAACUACCUCACCUCUGUAGUACAACUGAGUGCUCAAGGUGGAACCCUAGGACCUGAG